CGGAUUCCCAACCGCAGAAGGGUUCGUGUUUUGGGGAAAUCCAUCAGCGAGGCGGGUGAUUUCAGAAGCCUCCGAGUAAAGCGAUACGAGAUGUUUACGUUUGUUUUCUGACAACUGUUUAAGUUCACUUAUCCAGCGUGCAUCUGACAAGAAGGUUUGGCGUGUGCUUGCCCCUCAUUUGGUCAGUUAUCCAGCCAAACCCAGGGAGAGUGCGAUUCCAGCGUUCAUCGCCAUUGAAGAAUAGUAUACGUCUGACCCGGCGAUGUUACCUGCUUCAUCAUGGUCGGAAGCAGAUCGUGUUGGGGAGAUCAGAGAUUCCAUGUUGAUUAAUCCUCUUUUGAUAAAGUCAGAACUUGGCAAGCCGAAAAGGAAUGGCACUACACUACCAGGACCAAAUUAUGUGUAUGGGACAUACAACAGAGUCUUUGAUGGUGGAGUUCCUGCGGCUAUUGGUCAAUGGCGAAAUAUCCAACCCAACGCACAGGCAAAGCUGCAAAAACUGAAGCGUAACUUUACUACACUAAAUAAAGCAGCAAUUAAAGCUGGACUGGUAACUCCACAAGAGAUCUACCAAUUUAGGGCAACACAUGACAUUGGAACUAUAACAGAUAAAGAAGAAAAGAAAGUAACUGUGCUUCCUGAUAUAACUCAUGGAAUGUCCACCCGGCCUUCAACCCCUAUGUUUGAUCUGCUAGAACAUAAAUUUCAGCAAAAGUGGAUAGAGGAACAGAAAGUAUUAGAUGAAAUGAGGAAGAAAAAAAAGACUCAUCAGGUUCGCUUUAUAAAGAAUUAUCAAACUCGUGCAGCAUUCCUGAGUAAAGCCAUACCACAGGUAGACCCUCCACCAGUAGUGCACCCGCUUCGCUACCGAAAGAUUGGACCUCACCUUGAUACAUUCCGAAGUGCUGAAGCUCGUAAGGCAGCUUUCAAAGCUCACUGCCUGGAUUCUGCAGCAAGGACCGGUCCCAAUGGGCAAGGUGUCUAUGCCUUUGACUAACUACUUUCUUCAACUUGCAAAUAAAUAGAUUUUAAUGUGCACGCUGCAAAUAUUUGAAAUAUGUAAUUGUCUUAAUAAGCAUUAAAUUUAUUCUUUAGUUAUCUGAUUACAUUGAGUUUGUCUGUAAAUUAAUGUAGAACAGCACAGCAAGGUACUGGCCCUUUAGAUCAUGAUGUUAUGCCUACAUUUAACCUACUCCAAGAUCAUUCUAAUGCUGACCUCCCAUAUAGCCCUCCAAUUUUCUUUCUUCCAUGUAAGAGUCUUUUAAAUUUUAUUUUAUUUUUAUUUUAUUUCGAGAUACAGCAUGGCAAAAGGCCCUUCCAGCCCACACCGUCCAAUUACACCCAUAUGUCCAAUUAACCUACUAGUAUUUGGAACAUGCGAGCAAACUGGAGUACCUGGAGGAAACUCAUUGGGUUGCGAGGAGAAUGCACAAGCUUCAGUGGAAUGGAGUCCAUGUUGCAUUAUGUCCUUAAUGUAUCUGCCUCUAUGUCCCUAACAUGUAUGUCUCUACCACCACCCUUGGCAGUGCGAUCCAUACACCCACUAUUCCCUCUGUAAAAAAAAAUCUACCUCUGACACUCUGCUCAUACUUUCCUCCAAUCACCUUAAAAUUAUGCCCCCUUAUAUAAGCCAUUAGAUAGCCCCUCCCCAGAGAAGAGACUUUAUGUGUUGAACCAGUUGCUGCUCAAGAGAAUGUGUACAUUGUAAAACAAACAGAAGUUCUGAUGAACUAGUCCACUAGGAAAUUCUGAUCAAUAUAACAUUCUAGUAAAAUACUAGAGGAAGAAGA